CGGAGAACCAUGUUUCAGAAGUAUGGAGAUUCUAGCUCUUCGUCUUCAUCUUCGUUCGGCUUCAGGAGUUUGGAUAAUACGCUGGCGGCGAGGAGCCUUGCCAUGCCUAGGCUUACUGAGACUGACUCGUCGAUAGGUGGCUACGAAGACGGCUACGAGGAAGACAAUGUUAUCACCCUGGUGAGUUCCUCCCAGAGCCGAUGACAGUGCAUUCGAGUCGGUGCAUCGCAGCAGUCGUCAGCUGUUGCGGGGCGGUGCCCAGGGGGGAGCCGUCACGGGGGCGGCACGGCGGUCGCCCGGGUCGUCGGACGGGGGUGGUGGAGGCGGCAAGAAGCUCGGGGGUGGGGGUGGAGGUAGUCAGUCGUCUUCUACUUCGUCGGACGAGGGCAGUCGAUCUCCGUUUCGGCGGGGCGUCUCUCAGGGGGGUCAGGGGAAUGCGCAUCAUUCACAGUCAAAUUCGCACCACGGCAAACAGCAGAGCAGCAGCAGCCAGAGCAGCAGCAGUGCCCGGGUGCGACGCUCCCGCAGCCUGCAGCUGCCCGAACGCAAGUCGCCCGUUUCUCCGGCUCAGCAGCAGUCGGCUGCGGCAGCGGCUGCGGCCUACUACACGUCCAAGGGCUACCCGGUCGUCGUCAAGGUGGGCGCCGACAAUGACCAGCACCAGCGCAUCAAGCGACAUCUGUUGCAGCAGCAGAGAAUGUCAGAGGAAGCCCAGAAACGCGAGGAGCUACUGCGUCGUGAAGCGGAAGCCGUCACCGAGUUUCUAUGGAGCACACGCAGUCGCGAUGCGGCCAGGGCUCUGCUGUCGCAGCGAGUCAACACGUCGCAUCAGUCUCAUCAGCAGAGUCAGCAUCAGUCACAUCAGCAGCAUCAGCAACAGCAUCAGCAGCCGUCGUUCAACGUGGUGUUUGUCGGCGGCAACCAGAAGAGUCAACGUGGCAACUAUGGACAGUCGUCGCUUACGUCAUCAUCAUCUUCGUCGCAACGUGCGAGGGGACUGCAGAGAGGGUCGUCUACGCCUGUUAGCAAAGGCUCCUCCCAGUGGGUGGUUUCUGUCCGAACCCAUGCAACCCGACGACGUGCGACUUCUGGCCGCACUGCGCGCAUCGCGAUGGCAUCUACACGACGACCAAGGGCAGUGCAGCCGCGACUCCGGUCGCAUCCGGCCCGCACCCGCAUCCGCCCACCUCGCUGCGGCUGUCGCAGAGCUAUCCGACCGAUCGCGGCGGCGGCGUAGACAAGCGGUCACGACUUGAGCCCAGUGCCAGGCACAACUAUCAGUCGAUCAGGUCGUCACCGGCUUCGCUGGAACGUGUGGACCACGUGUCGCCUGACCGACACUCACAGCCGCCUUUCCCACACGAGGCGUGGCAACAGCCUGAACGUGUCGCCUGAGU